AUCAAACAUGAUCAUUGGCUGUGAACAGAAUGAAACUAAUGCUGUUUGUGACAAAUUGUACAAUUACUGCACUGCAACUAGUACUCUUUUGUACUAGAUAUCUUUGGUAAUGUUUGCAUUGCAUGACAUAGCUAUUUGAAGGUCUGCUAGUUGCAGUGACUGUUAAAAAAUGGCAGAACGGCUACAAAGAGGUGAGACCGAAGAAGACUUACUCCGAUUCCAAAAAGAGUUCCUUGCUGCAAAGAGCAAGCCAUCAGCGGUUGUUGUUAAAAGGAAAUCUCUAGCAGGAAAGGGAGAGAAAGACACAACACCUGCCAAAUGUUCUGGUCUGAAUAGGCCAGUCGAUCACGAUGUUGUAUCUAUGGAUGUCAUUGUCAAUACCCCAGUGCCAGGAGAGGAGCCAGACCGGAAGAAGUCAAAGUUUAAAGAAAGAAAGAAUGUAAAGUUUGCUGAUGAGGAAAUGGACACAGAAGCUCUGCUAGAUGAGCAUGAUACUCAUUUGACGGCAGUCCUGUCUAAGAUAAUAGAACGGGAUGUUGGAGCAAGCCGUGUUUCACUGCCCCUUCCAAACAGGCAGGGCUUUCCAGUGGCACAACACAGGGGUGUAGUUGAUAAAGAUCUGCCUCUCGGCCAGCCAGGCAAGAGACAAAGCCUAUUUUCUCAACAGCUUCAAAAAUCAAAUCCAACAUUCUUCAGUGCAUCAAAGCCUGAUAUAGUGCUGGGUCAGGAAGAUCAUGACAUGAAGCGACAGCCGUCUUCAUCUCCUGUGUCAGCGACACAUGAGAGGAACGCAAAUGAGAAGAUAGAAAAACACCGGAUGGCAGUAGAGGAGGUCGAGACAGCUCUAGGUUCUAACAGUUGCAUCAUAGAGGGAUCUGGGCUGGGCCCAGCAUUUGGAAAAGUAGCAAUCCAAUCGAUACACGAAGAGAAUGUCAGUAAGCUUGCAGCAAUGUCAAAUAAGGAGAUUCUCCAGGAACAGGAAAAACUUGCUGCCACAAUAGAUCCAAAGAUAUUGGGUUUUUUAUUGACUCGACGGAAACCUAGUGAUGUUUCCAUGGCAACCAAUGUAAUGGAACCAGUACGCCCCCCAUCAGCCAGUAAACGUGCCGAGGAGCUUCUUGAGGCGAUGAAGGCAGUAGCUGGCGGGAGUCGAGCAGGCACGGAUGAGAAAGUGGAAACAACUGGGGCCGGGAAACAUGACGUUCCAGAAUUAGAUGAAUCGGAGCUGCUUGUAAAACCGAAGAAGGAGUGGCUGAACAUGAACAAAAUUGAGUAUGACAAAAUGGCAUGGUUGAAGGAGCUUCCACCAGUUGACAAAAACAAGAUCAACUGCCCAGCACGAUUUGAUUUUGAGGGCAUGCUGGUUCCAAGAAGUGAAGAGAUUCCAGUAUCCCGAGGCCUUCAUCACCAUGGAGAUGAACCUGAGGUGGCAGGCUAUACACUGGAUGAGCUCAUGCAUCUCAGUCGAAGUACAAUCCUGCAGCAGAGAGUAAUCGCAUUGCAGACAAUCACCAAAGUUCUGAACCUGGCACACUGCGGAAUGUAUGAUGGCUACCUGUCGCAGCCCGUCAUUCCUCAGCUUCUUGAUGCAGGGCUGAUCUUCCUACUGAGAUUCUCCCUUGACGAUCCUGCCCUGCCUGUUCUGAGUGCUUCUGUGCAAGCACUCGCCGAACUACUAGCGCCCCCAUCUGAUGAGGUGUGUCUUGACCGGGUAUUUGCAUGGCACCGAGGCACCGAAACACCAAGAAUGAGUGUUUCAGAGGAGCAAGUGAAAGAAAAGAGGGUGAAAGAGGAGGAAGAGAAUGGUCCACUCACCGACGCUGAGUUAGUGAAACAUGACCUGAUCAAAGGCCUGCUGAAGAUGUUUCUACUGCCGAGGCUGCGAUAUAUACUGUACAAGUGCGAAGCAGAUGAAAGUACCACUCAGAAAUUACUGGACCUGCUUAUUCGCGUGGCGCGCCACUCCUCUGAGGCAGCACAGCAGAUUUUAUACUGUCCUGGACUUUUAGAUAUCAUUCUAGAUAAAUACCUACCUAUAGUUUCAUGUGGCAUAGGUGGCACCAUGCCAUUGUCUCGAGCAUUAAAGCUGCUCAGAGUCAUCUGCAUGUCUGGCCGGUAUGCUGCGUCAACCAUGUUGGCCCGUCAUCGAGUGAUGAACAUUGUCACAUGUUACGUCACCGUGGAGCCAAGUGAACUGCUACCCGACGCCAGCGACGCAUUUGUGCUAAGCAACGAAGCGCUGAGGUUGUGGAUUGUCUGUGUUACGUACGGACAUGCCUGCGACGAGUUCCUAGAACUGUAUCCUCUACUGAUGGAGAACAUACGGCGCAUUCUGUCGUUAUACCAGCAAGGUGUCGUGACACCUGCACACUCGCAGCGCCUAACACUAAUCGUCAAGUUGCUAGAGAGUGUCACUAGUGUGGCAGCAACCAGAAAAGAUUCAUUAGAUCGACUGUCUAUGAGACCGAACGAGGCUGGUGACCAGCUAGCGCCACCUGCAGUCCGUUGGAGUCAUGUUAUGAGUUUAGUGCAGCCAAUUGAGACAUGUCUAAAAUUGUUGCUGGGCAGGUGGAUGCAGAUACUAGAUAUUGAAGAGUGCUAUACUGAGUUGGUUUCAGCUUGCAUGAAUUUCUUGGCAACCUACUACAACAAAUUUAAAUCUCAGUCAGAAUAUAAUGCUGUGGACUGCUUGGAACAUGUAGAUACACUCUGUAGUGAAUUGCUCCUUCAUUUUUCGACCUGCGACAGUUUCCAGAAAGCAUUGAGUAAAUUAGGAACCUUUACGGCAUUCUGUGAAAAAGUCAUUGACACAAAGCAUGUGGAAAGUGAUAGUCUCCCCACACUGCACUGUUCUCGCGAUGUAAUACUCUGCCCAGUAAUUAGAAGCAAGACACCAUAUGCUGUGAUAACAUCGUACCUGAGGAUGAUUGACACAUUCUCAAACUUGCACCAUGGCCUGAACACUCAGUUGUUUACCAGUGUGCUUGAGUGCGAUCACGUGGUAUCAUAUUUGCAACAUGUAGCCAGGACAACGCACCAAAGCUCAACAUGGGGCUGGUUCUCUAGGCAUGAGACUCACUUGCUAUAUUAUUUGGUCAGACUUAGUUCUAAGCAGUCCAUCGCUCAUGCCAGAGUGGACCACCAGGUGGCGCUAAGGGUACUUGCCAACCUGCUGACUGGGGAUGAGCACUAUGCCUAUAGUCUUCUGUCAUCUGUGAUAUUUAAUCCUGAACUAAUAAGAGCGAUAUUGAUGGACUCGGACAUUAUUGCGGGCGAUGUCGAAAAGCUGAAGUUGGUUGACCAGAAUUCGCUACAGGGAGCAGCACUGUUUGAAUUAGAAGCGUCAUCACAGCUGCUUCUUCGUGAGGCACUUGACCACGUGGCUAAGAUUCGAGGAACAUACAUGCAGGCAGCAUCAGCUUUGGGGAAACUUGCUGAAAAAUCAAGAUGCCAUGCAGAGCUACUGCCUUUUGCUGUGACAAGUCAGAUCCAGCAGCAAGCAUUUGAUACCAUUUUACCUCAUGACUGGAUAUUCUCACCUAUAGUUGACCUCUACAAUAAGUCCACAGAUAUAAGCAACUAUUGCAGUGCUCUUAAAGGCCAUUCUUUGGAGCUGUGUUCUCACAGAAGAAUUGGUGCCCUCAACUUCAGUGAAGCUGUACCUGGUAUUUCUUCAUUUGCUGACCUUUACAGAUCAUUGCUGGAGCAUUUUGAAGCUGUGUCGUUUGGUGAUGCAUUGUUCAGCUGUUUUGUGAUCGUCCCACUGCAGCAGCGGUACAGCACAGAGCUGAGAAAGGUUAUUUGGGGAGAACACAUGGACUGCCUCAGGAUUAUGCGUGUACCUCUGACCAAUCUUCCAGUUGCUAUCUCUGCAUAUCUUCAUCCUACAGAAACGGAUGUUGACCUCUUGACUUUGUAUUUCCGUGUACUAAUUGGUCAAAUAGUACAUCCUGAGACAUCUCCACUCAUGUACCUUGUAGCUGUGCGCCACAUUUCUAAUUUCCUGUUUGCGAACUUUGAUCCUAAAUGCCAAAUAUAUGACAUGAAAUACAAAUAUGAGGUCAAGAUCAGAAAGAAGAUGUUGCUGCAACUUUCUAGAGUAAACAACGUGGAACUAAGGCAGCACAUUUUGAGGUACAAGCAGGCAAGCACAGCAGAGACACUAGGAUUCGAACUGUAUGUCAAUGUGCCACAGCAUGUAAAUGAUGUUCUGUUUUCUCAUGGGCUCAGCACAGUUACGUGAAAUCUGGAGAACUUCUAUGGCGAUUCAUGGUCUUUUUAUACCAAUUAUAGAUAGUCAGGUGUGAGAAUUUAAGAAUUUUGUGCUCAAGAAUGCAGUAAAGCAUGAAAAUGAUUUCAAUGCAUAAUAUAUAUGCCAUAAACUAGCUUUGCAUACUAGUUCAGUAAUACCCCGCAUUAUGUUCCUGAUAUGAAACGGUUCUCUUGUAUGGAAUUUUUCAAAUGAGUGAACAGAUUGUUUUACCUAAAAAGUUGGCUUGCACAAUUGCCAUCAAGUUAAAAUUGAUGCACUAAAUAUGCAGCCAACUGCCAAGAAGUCUGGCAGGCAACAUUUUGUAUUAGUUGCUAACCCGUUAGACUGUUUCCACCAAGUGAGAAACAUCUACACCUGUAGUGUUUGGAAUGUGUUCUUGCAAUCGGUUCCCUGUAUGACAGGUACAGUGUGCAAAGUCUUAUUCUCAACUUUCUUUCCCUUCCUAGUAUUAUUUUAUUACUCGUCUACAUUAUGUAAAUACAUAAUGUGUUACAUUAUGUAAAUACAUAAUGUGUUACAUUAUGUAAAUACAUAAUGUGUUGUAUUCAAUACGCGUUUUUGAUAGUGUUCACUUUGAUAAUUGUGUGUGCACUAUGGUAGACUAAGGUAUUACUUCAUAACACUUUCUGUAGGCAUGCAUCUCUAAUUAUGUAAUGGAAACCAGCCGGAAUAUGUGGAUUACCUGUUGUGAUUUCCCCUUACGGGAAAUUUACAGUCAGCGUUUUUCUGGAAUGUAUUACUUCCGCAAUGCUGAGUAUUACAAAAUCUCUGUUAUGUGUGAAAUCAUGUAGGUUGGGAAAUAGUCACGUGGUGAAUAGUGAAUCAGAAUGCGAGUUGGCAUACUUUGUUACUAUAAGUGAAACCGUGGAGAACUUGUAUUGCCACUUUAUACGUGCAACUACUAUUAGUAGAGAACCUUUUGAAUAAAAUUUGUCUUUACAGCCAUUA